ACUUCAGUCCUGUGCCAGAAGCUGAGCUGCAGAAAAGGAGGCUGUUCUGUGUGCUCAGGAAGAACCACUCCAUGUACUCAAUGCUCAUGCUGCUGGGCCUUGCUGCCCUCCUGGGUGCCUCCCAGGGCCGCACGGAUUGCUACGGCAGUGUAAACAGAAUUAAAACCUCUGGGGCUUCAUGCAAAACAGCGAAGUCAGAGGGUUUGUCCUACUGUGGAGUUAGUGCUUCAGAAAAGAUUGCUGAACGGGACCUAAGAGCUAUGAAUCAAUAUAAAACACUCAUUAAGAAAGUUGGUGAAAACCUGUGCAUUGAACCAGCUGUGAUUGCUGGCAUCAUCUCCCGGGAAUCUCAUGCUGGCAAAGCACUGAAGAAUGGCUGGGGUGACAAUGGAAAUGGAUUUGGUUUAAUGCAGGUUGACAAAAAAUCACAUACACCUAGGGGACAAUGGAACAGCGAAACUCAUCUUAUCCAGGGUACAAACAUACUUAUCAGUAUGACAAAGACAAUACAGAGAAAUUUUCCACGCUGGACAAAGGAUCAGCAGCUGAAAGGUGGGAUCGCUGCUUACAACUUUGGUACCAGCAACGUCCGAAGUUAUGACAGAAUGGACAUCGGCACCACCCACAAUGACUACUCCAGUGACGUGGUUGCACGAGCCAAAUAUUACAAGAAACAAGGAUACUAGACUCAAUAAUCUCUACAGAGUAACUUUCUUACCAUCACCUGCAUGACACCCCUGAGGGAGAGAAGACACAGAGCAGCUGUACCCUGCGAAUCCAUAGAGAUGCAAAUGUACAGGAAUGAUUUACAUGAAUAAGCAUUUGCAGAAUGAAGCCCUGAAUUUUUAAAACAAUAUUCAGUAAGACAUCACUCAUGCAGUUUCUUUACAAGCAAUAUGGUUUGGAUUUUACCAAAAUCUCAUUUUUUUUUUCUGCUAUCUGCAUAUUUCUCUGAGCUAUGAGGACUAUCUUGUUUUGCUAUUGAUAAUUUGCUGCCUGCCAGAUCUUAAAACACUUUUCUGGCAAAAUCUGCUGUUCUCUUAAGAAAUCAAAAAAAAAAAUACUUCCUUGGGUAUUAGCUUCAUGAUUUAUUUUUUCAAAGCUGCUUGAUAUUUACAUUAUGCUGUGAAGUAACCUUUUUUUUUUCUGAAUAGUAAUUUUUCAUAUAAACGCAUAGAAUAGAGAUGGAUAUUUUUAGUCAUAAAGAAAUAAGCAAACAGAAAUUCAAUAAAAGCAUUAGCAAACAAAGCAGAA